GAUUAAGCUAGCUAGCUAAUAGCUUGUUAGCUAACCACUGUUAGCUGUGGCUGAAUUAGCUUGCUUGGGAAGAGUUGUUUUGGUAAAAAAGAGAGGAUGCUUUGGCUUGGUUUCAUGUCUGCCUCAGGCGUACGUGUGGUUACAUGCACAGUUAACCACCAGGUUGGCGUGUUAUCUUAAGAUAAUGAGAGGAGUUAGCACAAUUAGCUCCUGGCUCCACCUUAGUGGUAGCCGGUGAUGUAGGUUAGUGCAGGUGGGUGUUUUCCACUGGACAAAGUUACUGACCUUCUGUUGCAUUAAAGCUGCUCUGUGUACAAUACAAGCUAUCAUACCAUGCAGUCCCUCAACAGGUAGAGAUGCUAACAUGCCUUCAGAGUGAGGAGGAAAUGACCCAGCUGAGUGUCCGUCGCUGGACGCCCAAACACGUCGCCAAGUGGCUGAGGGAAGAAGGCUUCUGUGACUAUGUGGACCUGCUGUGUAACAAGCACCGACUGGAUGGCACCAGUCUGCUUGCCCUCAGCGAGUAUGACCUCCGCUCGCCACCUCUGGAGCUCAAGGUGCUGGGGGACAUCAAGCGUCUGAUGGUGUCUAUUCGCAAACUACAGAAACAGAACAUUGACGUGUUGGAGGAGCUGGGUCUUCCCUUCGACGGCCACUCUCCCACAGGCUCAGGAGGCAGUUUGGACUGGUUGUGUAAUGGAGACCCAGGUAGAGACUGUGACAGCACUGACACUGCACCGGUGGGAGAGGAGUAUCACCAGUACACUAAUGGGAAGUACAAACAGCAGACGAGGCGCCUGGAUCCAGAGUACUGGAAGACAGCACUUAGCUCCAUCUACGUGGUGUUUGUGUUUGGCUUCACCUCCUUUGUCAUGGUCAUAGUGCAUGAGAGGGUGCCUGACAUGCGCACAUACCCUCCACUGCCAGAUAUUUUCCUAGACAGUGUGCCUAGAAUACCUUGGGCCUUUGCCAUGGCUGAAGCAUGUGGAGUGAUCCUCUGUAAUGUCUGGUUGCUGGUUCUAUUGCUCCAUAAACACAGGUCUAUCCUUUUGCGGCGCAUGUGCAGCCUCAUGGGGACGGUGUUCAUGCUCCGCUGCAUCACCAUGUUUGUCACCUCCCUGUCUGUGCCGGGACAACACCUGCAAUGCUCAGGAAAGAUGUAUGGUGACAUGUGGGCCAAGCUGCAGCGAGCUGUGGCCAUCUGGAGCGGUUUCGGGAUGACGCUGACGGGAGUGCAUACAUGUGGUGACUACAUGUUCAGCGGCCACACUGUGGUCAUUACCCUGCUCAACUUCUUUGUCACAGAGUACACCCCACGAAGCUGGAACUUCAUUCACACGUUGUCCUGGGUCCUGAAUCUCUUCGGCAUCUUCUUCAUCUUGGCUGCACAUGAACACUACUCCAUUGAUGUGUUCAUAGCCUUCUACAUCACUACCAGACUCUUCCUUUACUACCACACUCUAGCCAACACCCGGGCCUACCAGCAGAGUCGAAGAGCUCGCAUCUGGUUCCCCAUGUUCUCGUUCUUUGAGUGCAAUGUCAACGGGCCCGUCCCCAAUGAGUACUGCUGGCCCUUCUCUAGACCUGCUGUGAUGAGGAGGCUUAUUGGAUAGUGAGCAGCAGCAGCAGCAGUACUGUCAGACACUUCUUAGCCUGUGCGGUUUAGUCUGCUUUGUCAAGUUGCCAACUGAGGCGGUGUGUGAUAUCUUCAUCAACAAAGACUUCUGUUGUGAUCCUGUUAGCACCGAGGCCUGAUGGGAUACACAGAGCCAUACCUUCUUAUAUUCUGGGACUUAUCUUCAAAGUUGCUUCCUCUGUCAUCAUUUUUAGGCGGAUUAAACGAAAUCCACAAAACCAUACAGAAUUUCUAAAAAGCCCCAUCGACACUCUUUGCUCGACUUUGAAAAGUGAACACAGCGGAGAUAUGUUUCAUUCAACGGUUGCUUAUUUUUCCUAGGAAUAGGAAUGUCAUUUUAUGUAGCAUAAAGUGCAUUUAUCAGUACCUCCCGACUUUAAGAGAUGGUUCAGAUUUUUUUAAGUUGGGUUGUAUGAGGUACUUAUCCAUAGUCAGUGUAUUACCUAAAGUAGAUGCCCCACCCCCCCAGGUUGGAGACCCAGACAGGAGUACUGACGCAGAAGCUAAGCGAUACAAUUCUGUGGACACAGGUAGCAGGAAAAUGUGUUUUAGCCAUCUGAAAAAAAGGCCCACCUAAAACAAUCAAUAUCAGACUAGGUGUAUGUUACAUUUGUAUUAUUUUCACCGGUUUACCUUGCUGUUAGCCAACCCCUUCUGACAGGGAACUAAAGCUGUUGUUUUGCUCUCUUCAAGGCCACCAGACUCCUUUGACAAAAUCAGUAAUUUUACCUCACAGAACACAGGAGUUGCUGGUCUACCCCUGCCUUGAUUAGCGAGACUUUUUUUUUGUCAUUGUCUGACUUCAGUGUUUUAAAGAGUUAAGGCCUUUGCACACUGAGUAUGUUUGUUUCAGAUCCGUUUUUUUAAUUUAAAAAAAUCGUUACGUACACUGAUUCUGAUGCGUUUUAUUGUUCUAUUCGUUGUGAAAAUUCACAACAUGUGACAAAGUGAAAAGACACAUUUCCUCCUUUGUCUCUCAACUAAAGUCACCUAUCUGGCCGUCCAUUUGGCACCACAACUGCACCAAGUGGUGGAGCUCUCCUUCCUCUCUGUCCUCCACAUUCCGUGUGUGGUUCACAUCCUCCUCCUCGUCAUUAUCCCCUUGAAUAUUACGAUCUGACCUGUUGAACGUGAGCUGUCUGAGUUAUGAAAUGAUUCUGUGCGCCCUGUUUCUCUGUCUUGUCGUGGCUGUGUCCUGCCGCCACAUUUUCUUCAGUAAUUCUUGGUCAAACAUCUGUAAAGGCUUCUGACGGACACAAAAAAACGUAGAAAAUUAAAUUGUUCCGAAAAUUUUAAAGACACAAAAGUUUUGGACUCAUUGUGUAAACGUGAUUGACACUGUGAAUUUGUCUUUAUUUUCUUAAGAUGUGUGACAAUUUUGGACGGGGAAAAAAAAACAGACUCUGUGUGCAAAGGCCUUUAGUUUGGCUUCACCGGUGUCACUCAAUAACACUAACUAACCGACCGAUUAAGGCAGCGGUAGACCAGCAAUUCCUGUGUUCUGUGAGGUAAAAUUACUGCUUUUGUCAAAGGAGUCUGGUGGCUUUGCAGAGAGAUCAUAGAUGGAUAUGACGGCUUCAGUUCCAUGUCAGAAGGGGCACAUGUCACAGGUAAAGCUGUGAAAAUCUUCUAAAUACAGUGUACAGUUAAACUGAUAUUGAUUUUUUUUUAAGUGGUUAAAAGAAGUUUAGCUGCUGCCCCUGUCCACAGCAGUACAUUGCUUAGCUUCUGUGGCCGUACUACACUGACUAUGGAUACAUACCUCACACAACUCUGCCUCAAAAUCCGAACUGUCCCUUUAAGAAUAUUUACAUAACACAUAACAUAAAGCCACAUCAGAAAAAUCUCAGGCAGCGGUGUACCUAACCCUUCACAGCAGUUUGCCAUUUCCUGUGCAAUUAAAACACCUGAUCAUUUCAAGGUUUGUAUCCGGAUUCAUGACUGACAGUUUUGUCUUACCUCCCACUUUGUAAUGUAUCAAAGAAUAACUCAAUGGACCACUGUUAAAGCAAUAUGUAAAGAUCUACCUUACACUGUUGCUUUGUUUCUGUACAGCUAACUGUCGUUCAUCAUGUUGACAAACAUGUUAUUUCUUUGCCAUGACUGAAGUCUUUUUCAUUCCUCCAAAUAAUGCUUUCAUUUUGAGUGUUACUAAAUGUUAACAGAUGAAUUCAUAGCUCACUGAAAGAUACAGUAAAGUAUGAUAAUGUCAUUAUCAGCCAAAAACGUUGAAUCAAAGAUUUAUUUCCAGCUGUCUUAAAUAUAAUUCCAGUUGCCAAUUACCUUGAGUGUUACGAUAGAUUUCUCUGUGUAGAAAUGUCCCAAAUCUUUCAUGUUUACUGUUGGAUAGUUGGAUAGUGCUUUUUUUUUUUUAAAUCAUCAUACAGUGUAAAUUAUAAUAAUUUUUUCACAUUAAUCUGUAGUGAUGGUUCUUCAAAAGGAUCCUUAAAUUUGUAUGUAUUUGUUUGUAUUAAUUUAUUUCAUUUUGUAACAGUCAAUAGGUAUUUUUAUAUUUCGUAUAUGAUGUUACAGCAACAUGCACACGAAGAAAUAUGUUUACAGUUGCUCUUAACUAUUUAUUUGAAACACUAUGUGCUUUCUAAGUGUAAAUGUUGAUUUCAGAUUGGCCUCGACAUUUCAUCGAGUGAAACUGUCGUGAGAGGGAUGUUGUAAUUGAUGUGAUCGUUACAGCAUGUUAGAAACAUGAUUAUUAUAAAGGGAGCUGACAGUAUACGACACGUCCUGUCACUGAGGAAUGAUGGUGUUGUGCUCAUGUGCUCAUGCAAAGCCACAUUACUUGUUUCAUGUCUCGUUCAUUCAUUUCCAUCAUUAAAGAGCUGAAAUCAAA